AUGGCUAGGGUUACUGCAAGUAGAACUCCUUCUUUGUACUCUUUGCUCUUGAUUUCUUCUUUUCUAUUGGCCUCUCAAAUCAAUGUCUCCUUCUCUGAGAGAGUAGCAAGACCUCCCAUUGUGAAGGGACUUGCAUGGGAUUUCUAUUGGUUGUCAUGUCCUAGGCUUGAAAGGAUUGUGAGGAAGCAUCUUGAGGAUGUCUUCGAGAAGGACAUUGGCCAAGCUCCUGGCAUACUUCGAAUCUUCUUCCAUGAUUGCUUUCCUCAGGGAUGCGAUGGGUCUAUAUUGUUGAAUGGGGUUGGAGAAGAUGAUGAAAAGGAACACUUUGCCAACGCAGGAUUAAGGGAAGAGGCUCUUCAAACCAUUGAAAACCUAAGGGCUCUUGUCCGCAAACAGUGUCCAAGGGUUGUCACGUGCGCUGACAUCCUCGUUAUGGCAGCGCGCGAAGCUGUUCGCCAAUUAGGAGGACCCGAUUUUGAUGUGCCAUUGGGAAGAAAAGACAGCCUAACAUUCAACGCAACCGCACCAAUCGAACUUCCACCACCAUUUUUACGAACCGAUGAAUUGCUUGGUGUUUUUGGAGCUAAAAAAUUCGAUGCCACGGAUGUAGUAGCACUCUCAGGUGCACACACUUAUGGUCGAGCCCAUUGUGGUUCAUUAUUCAAUAGGACCACAGAAUCAAACCCUCCCAUUGACCCAGAUUUGAAGAAAAAACUCCAAGCCACAUGCCCAAAUGAUGAAUCACCCAACACUGUUGAUUUGGACAUUAGAACUCCACACAAGUUUGAUAACAUGUACUAUAUCAACCUUUUGAACCGCCAGGGUGUGUUCACUUCUGACCAAGAUAUUGCCACUCAUCCAAAAACUAAGGAGAUUGUGAACCUCUUUGCUUCUGAUCAGAAACAAUUUUUUGACAAAUUUGCAAAUGCUUUUGUUAAAGUGAGCCAGUUGGAUGUGUUGACUGGGAAUCAAGGGGAAGUUCGCAAGACGUGUUUUGCUCCAAAUAGUAGAAGAAAAUCUGUGGUGGACGAGGUUGUGGAAUUGGUUGAGAAGUUCUAA